CUGGUGAAAAAAAUAUCCGCUGCUCACGAUGUGUGCUUCCUCACAAAGACCUUUGCGUUUCAUGCUACUAUUUUAAUUAUUAAUUUACUGGCUUUUGUGGGGCCUGUCUAUGUAUUGUAUAGAUGCAAUGUUAUUAAGCAAUUAGGGAGGGGGACGGAUCUUUUCCGAGUAUUAGAAUCCCUUCUCCAUGAAAACUACUUUCCAACAGUAGGAUGUAAAUUCAGAAUAUAAUAUUGGUAACCGAUAACUAAACGGUGCAUGUAACUGUACUAAUUUGGUCAAAUAUACGUUAUUAAAUUUGAGCACGAAUCCGUUCCUCCAGCGUAGGAACUAAUAAUGCUGUUUCUGAUAUCGCGGGACGUUUUCAGCGGCGCACCGAUUUCCUUUUGCUGUCUGUAAACAACACUACAUUUCCGGCUUCCGAGUAUGGAUGGUUAGAUGAACACUGGUUUGUUUUAGCGGUUCUUUCAGGGAUCUCGGCGGUGAUUUGGAGCUAUGCCGCCCAUCCAGCGGUCAAGGAGCCGCAGCUCGGAGGCCGAGAGCAGCCCGAGGAAGAGGCGGCACAGCCGGACCAGCAGCGGCAGGAGUCGGUCGCGGAGCCCCGCGGUCAAGCAGAGCAAGCACAACGGGGGCUCCUUCAAAGAGGAGAGGAGGACGCGCUGGGUCAGGUCCGUUUCCCGGGAGAGAGAUGGGCCGCGACCUCACAACGGCAGCCGGCACAGCCGCUCCAGGUCCAGGGAGAGAGAGGCGAGACACAGCCACGGCGGUUACGACAAGUCCCGGUUUGACCAUUACGACAAAAGGGAAGACAUUCUGCGGCAGAGACAAGAGGCCUUCAUAUCGAGGCGACUUCAGGAACGGGAGAGGAUAGGGGAACUAGGAGCGCCUGAAGUCUGGGGAUUUUCCCCAAGAGUCCGGGAGCCAGAUUCAGAUGAACAUACUCCGGUUGAAGAGGAUAACAAGAAGAACAGCAGUUCUGAUUCAAGUUCUGAGGAGGAAAGGAAAAAGAAGAAGAAGAAGAAAAAGAAAAAGAAGUCCAAGAAGAGGAAGCACAGAAAACAUUCAGAAGACAGUGAGUCUGAAAGUGAUUCUGAAGAUGAAGAAGACCGGAAGAAGAGAAAGAAGAAGAAAGGCAAAAGCAAAAACAAAAAGAAGAAGCCUAAAAAGAAGAAGAAGGCUAAGAAAAACAGGAAAGAGUCGAGUGACUCUAGCAGUGAGCAGUCUGAUGAAGAGGAAGAUGAACAGAAUGGAGAACUCUGGGUGGAGAGAACAGGUGUUCAGGAUGACCUUGUUGGUCCCGAGGCUCCGAUGACUCAUUUGUCCCAGGAUGACAAACCCCUGAACUAUGGACAUGCCCUGCUGCCAGGAGAAGGGGCUGCGAUGGCGGAGUACGUUAAGGCAGGGAAGCGCAUCCCUCGCAGAGGUGAAAUUGGGCUGACCAGCGACGAGAUUGCAUCCUUUGAGAAAUCUGGUUACGUCAUGAGUGGGAGCAGGCAUCGCCGCAUGGAGGCUGUGCGUCUGCGUAAGGAGAACCAGAUCUACAGUGCUGACGAGAAGAGAGCCCUGGCGUCCUUCAACCAGGAAGAACGGAGGAAGAGGGAGAACAAGAUUCUCUCCAGUUUCCGGGAAAUGGUCUACAGGAAAACCAAAGGCAAGGAUGAAAAGUAAAAUCCCACACGGUCCUUCCCGUGUGAUUCACACUUGUGGAAAAGAAUGUGGACUGGGCUGUUUGUUUGUUUGUUUGUUUUUUACGGGAGACUUAACACGUCUAUUUUUUUCUUUUUGGAUGAUGAAACGUUUACUUUUUUUCUCCCCGAUUUUAAGAAUGAGUUAAUAUUUCAAGUCUGUUAAGUCUGUAUGCCUUCCUUAUUGUCGUUCAUAAAUCCCCCAAAAACUUGCGUUCAUAUUUAGUUCUGUGUGUGAAAUAUAUCAGUCAUGUGAAAAUGUGAAACAAUCCAAAAUCUCGAAAAUUAGCUGUGUUACGACUGGGAUCACGUUACUUUCAAGCACCAGACUUGCACUUUUUUAUAUUAGCCAGAUGGCAGAGAAAUCGGAUAUGGUCCAGACUACAUCACUUCCAGCUGGUGUAAGGAUUUUUAAUCUUUAUCAAAAUGGACAUCAGAAUACUUGUAUUGUGAAAACAUUGUUGUAAUUUUUGGUGUUUCUGUUUCUAUUUUGUUAAUCAUCUGAACAGGUGUACUAGGCAGAAAAUAAAUCUAGAUGAUUAUCGCUUUCCCUACAGUGUUAUAGAUAUGAAUUGUUUUAGAAAAUACAACUGGAUAUCCGAAUGUCAAUGUCACAUCUUUAUUUAAGAAUGGAUGCAUUACCCUGUGCUGAAUAGGAAAAUGCUUAUUUUUGUAUUCAUAAAAUACUAUUAGAAGUCGAUAGAUUCCUGUAGAAGGGUCUUGCUUUCAAUUACAUCCUUCAGCCAUUUUUCCCUAAACCUUGUUUUUCCAGGCCUACAGAGAAAAAUAAAAAUGGUUCAAAUGAUUAAUUAAGCACCUAUUCAUUUUAAGCAGUCUGUGCUUAGAGGACAGUGGAUUAAUAAUGUGCUUCAAAGUACCUUUCAUGCUUGAGGAAAGUAGAGAUUUAGAAAGGGGGAAAAAUGCCCAGUACACUUCUGAAUAGUGAUAUGAUAUACUUAGAAGAGUACUGCAUAUGAAGGGAUCAAAAUGUACUUGCUUGUCUGAGAUCAUUUUUUACCUUCAUUAAAUUGUUGGUAUUAACUUUCAA